GGGUGGGUCCUACGUGGCGGCCGUGUACGAGCACCACGUCAUUCGGAACCCGCAGCCCAAGGUUCCGCUGAGCCGGCAGGAAGCGCUGGAACACAUGAAUAAGAACCUGGACGUGUAUGAGGAGCAGGCUGCUGCUGCCGCCAAACAGCAUGCCCACAUCAUUGUGUUUCCAGAAGAUGGUAUCCAUGGCUUUAACUUCAGCAGGGAGUCCAUCGUUGGUUACCUGGAGACGGUGCCAGACCCCACGGCUGUGAGCUGGAACCCCUGUUCUGACCCAACCCGCUUCCCUAAUACUGAGGUUCAGCAUCGUCUCAGCUGCAUGGCCAAGAACAACAGCCUGUACCUGGUGGCAAACAUGCCGGGGCGUGAGGAUUGCGAUGCCCAGACCCCCCCCUGCCCCCCCGAUGGGCGCUACCAGUUUAACACGAAUGUGGUGUUCAGUGCUAACGGCACACUGGUAGCGCGUUACCGCAAGCGGAACCUGUACUUCGAAUUCGAGUUUGACACGCCUGCUGACCCCCAGCUCAUCACCUUCGACACACCCUUCGCUGGUCGCUUCGGCCUGUUCACCUGCUUCGACAUCCUGUUCUACAACCCAGCGGUGGAGCUGGUGGAGAAGCUGGGCGUGCGGCAGCUCAUCUUCCCCACAGCCUGGAUGAACGCACUCCCCCUGCUGGAUUCUGUACAGUUUCACCGCUCCUUCUCCUACGCCACUAGCACCACCCUCCUGUCCGCUAACCUUCGCGUAGAAAAGCUGAGAAUGACCGGCAGCGGGAUAUUCAGCCCCCGGGAGGCUCUAUAUCACCACGCACGGGCGGGCGAGCCAGAAGCCGGCCAGCUGCUGGUGAAAACUCUUCCUGUUCUGGACUCCCACAGCCCCCCCCUCCCACCACCCUUCUCAGGAGAGCAGGAGCCCCAGCAAUACCAGCAGGGGGACAGGGAGUGGAAGCGGACUGUCCCUGAGGGAAGGGGUCACCCCGAGGAGCCAGCUGCCCCCAGCAGCCCCUUCAAGGCAGUGAUGAUGCGUGACAAUUACACCAUGGUGCUCGUAGAGGGCGCUGAGGGUAACCUGUCUGUGUGCGAUAACGCACUCUGCUGCCACCUGCAGUUCCGAAGGCGCACUGCGCCCCAGGAGCUCUAUGCCUUGGCAGCCUUCGAUGGCCUGCAUAAGAACAGAACGUACUUGCAGGUGUGUGCACUGAUUAGGUGCAGCGGUCUCACCCCUCAGACCUGUGGGAAAGCGAUCGACCACGCCGACACGCUCCUGGACUUCCGGCUGAUGGGAAACUUCAGCACGCGCCACGUGUUCCCAAGCGUGCUCGGGAGCCACAUGCAGCUGGACCGCAUCGACCACAGCGGCUGGGAGGGGCGGGGCUUCUACAUGACCCGCCACGGGAUGGAGCGCGGUCUGGUGACUGCUGCGCUCUACGGCAGAGUGUAUGACCGGGACCACACCCACACCUCACCCUGACUGCACCCACACCUACACCUCACCCUGACCACACCCACACCUCACCCUGACCGCACCCACACCUCACCCUGACUGCACCCACACCUACACCUCACCCUGACCACACCCACACCUCACCCUGACCGCACCCACACCUACACCUCACCCUGACCACACCCACACCUCACCCUGACCGCACCCACACCUCACCCUGACUGCACCCACACCUACACCUCACCCUGACCACACCCACACCUCACCCUGACCGCACCCACACCUCA